AUGCAUUUAGACGAGUUUUUACAGAUUAUCGGCGAGUUUGGGACUUUCCAGAGACGCCAGUAUUUCCUAAUAUGUCUGGCGGCUCUGUACACGGCUGUCCCUAUCCUCUGUUCCGUAUUCCUUGCAGCAACGCCCACAUAUAACUGUAAAAUUCCCGCAGAGUACGUAUCGAGCGCGGAUAGGGCCUACAGAAACCUUUCUCACGAGGAGCUGCUAAACCUGACCAUCCCAUGGGAAGAAAAAGACGGAGAACUGGUCCGAAGUAGCUGUAAGCUGAAAUCAUGGGAGAGAGAUAACCGAACGGGAAAUGGCACAUAUUAUGAGGUUCCUUCCACCUCAGAUAAUAACACAGCGAGUAUUGAAUGUCCUCUGGGACGGGAAUACAGUCAAGAAAUUCAUACGUCAACUGUGGUAUCAGAGUUUGAUCUGGGCUGUGGCAACGAAUGGCUGGUCAGCACUAGUCAGUCCGUAUUCUUUGUCGGAAAACUUGUGGGAGAUGCUUUAUCAGGGAUACUUAGUGAUAGGUUCGGUCGGAAACCGACGUUUUUGGUUGCGGCAAUGCUAUCGGCAUCUGUGGGGAUCCUUACCGCCCUUUCUCCCAAUGUGAUAGUUUACAUAGUGUCUCAAGGUCUCCAGGGAUCACUCAGUGGCUGUAUAUUCCUAACUACAUUCACCAUUGGACUUGAAUUUGUGGGCCCAAGCAAACGAAAUUUGACUGGAUUUGGCGUUAUGUACUUCUUUAGUUUUGGUUACUUCUAUCUCGUGCUGUUUGCCUACUUCAUAAGAAACUGGAGACACCUCGCUCUAGUGCUGUACGUGCCUGCGUACCUGUUUGGGCUGUAUUAUUUCGUUCUUCCCGAAUCUUUCCGAUGGCUGCUGUCAAGACGCCGCACCGAAGAGGCAGAGAAGUUGAUCCGAUCAGUUUCUAUGACAAAUAUCAACUCCGAGCCUGAUUAUGAGACUAUUAAGUCUGUCAUAGAGGACAAAGAUGAAGCGGUCACUUCUACUCGGACCUACACCCCUUUAGAUAUGGUGAGGACAUGGAAACGGACGGCUUUAACGAUUAAUGUGUGUUUUAACUGGAUGGUCAACAGCAUGGUGUAUUACGGGCUGUCACUGAACUCUGCGGGCUUGGGCGGUGAUCUCUACCUUAACUUUACACUGAUGGGAGCCAUUGAAAUCCCGGCCUACACUCUGGCUGUUUUCCUCAUCGACAAAGUUGGCAGAAGAAUGUCCCUNGGUCUUUCUACGAGGUGGCUGCAACAGGCGACGUAUCCAGCGAGUCCAUCCAUGGUCUUUCUACGAGGUGGCUGCAUCAAGGAAAUUGACCAACGAGGCCUGUCAUGGACUGUCUGGGAGGGGCUGCAUAGGGGAAGCGUCCAAAUUCGAAACUCGAUUAUGGCAAUUCUCGAUAGAGCUCCUGCUGACAAAUUCAAGGACAAGAGGGUCCCCUCUGCACUUUCAUCAAUAUUUGGUGCCAGCGAGCAAUGA